GUUUGUGAUUUGCAGGCGAUCUGCCAGUUAUCUCUUCUCAUUGGUCGAGCAUGAACCUCCAGCCGGCUUUUUAUUGGCGGGAGGCGCUGCCUGUCAUCCCUCAUUGGUGCGGUCGGUAGGGGCGUGUUCAGUGGUGGGAAGAUGGAGGCGAGGAGUCCGCGAAGAAAGUGAGCGCGGAUAAUUUGGAGAGAUGAGCCCCGCCGUGUACGCGCUCCAUGCCUGCGCGCUCGCGCUGCUGCUCGCAGGGUUGCGGGAGCUGCUGUUCGGCUUCGAGGAGAACCGCUGCAGCAUGACCUACAUGUUUGAGCAUCCCGAGUACCGGCGCAUCCAGCUCCCCCGGCAUGUGGCGCAUCAGUACCCAGCUUAUGGACUGUAUCUGUAUGGUGAAGGCAUGUACGCUCAGGAGACAAGGGGGCUAAAGCUUACAGGAGCCCCUGUGCUUUUCUUACCGGGAAAUGCGGGCAGCUAUAAGCAAGCUCGUUCUCUGGGUUCUGUGGCUCUGAGGAAGGCUGAGAAUAUGGAAGGUGGGGUCCAUAUGAAUGUCUUUACUAUCAACUUUAAUGAGGAGCUGGUGGCGCUGUAUGGUGGAAGCUUGCUUCGGCAAACACAAUUCCUUCACGAAAGUAUAAGAGUCAUCUUGCGUCUGUAUAAGAACUGUCCGGAUCCUCCUUCGAGUGUGGUUCUGGUGGGCCACUCCAUGGGGGGUGUAGUGGCUCGAGCACUGUUUACACUGCCACGAUUUAACCCUCGCCUGGUCACCCUCAUCCUAACCCAGGCAUCGCCUCAUCUCGCCCCUGUCAUCUCUCUAGAUCCACAUAUACUGGAGUUUUACUCCUCAGUCCGACAGCGUUGGUCCACCGCUUCAGAGGACCUGCAAAAUGUGAGUGUCCUGUCUGUGGGGGGCGGGUACCGGGACUACCAGGUACGCUCUGGCCUCGCUACUCUGUCCUGCCCUGCGAAUGACCACAACAAGCUGUCUGUCGUGGUCACUGCAGUUCCCAGGACGUGGGUAUCUACGGAUCAUCUGUCCAUAGUGUGGUGUAAGGAGUUGGUGUUGGCUACGGUUCGAGCUUUUUUUGACCUGAUUGAACCUGAAACACAGCAGUUCACAGGUGAUGUUAAGAAGAGGAUGUCUGUGUUGAACCAUCAUUUUAUCCGCCACCCAGUCCUGCUUCCUGGUGACCAGCCUGUCACUCCUGUUAGCUUCACAGGAACUCCUGAAACCUGGAGCGAGGUCAACACCCUCCGUCUGUUCUACAGCCCCCCCAAGGAAGCUACAGUGCAGUACUUCUUUUUUGCCCUCUCCAGUCGGAGGAAAGCAUACACCCACUUCUACUGUCGCAGCAGCAGCAUGGAAAUGUCGAGCUGGAUCUUUGGGUGCACCCAAAUGAAUGGCUCCAUAUGUGCACAAGCAGUAGAUUUGUCAUGGAGAGCAGAACUUCUACCAGUUUACAAGGUUCUGACUCUGAGCUUGGACGAACUGUCGGCCGUUUCUCAUCUGGUGAUUGAUGCUUCAAAUCCCAGUGAAAGUCAGUAUAUAGUGGAAUGUGAGUGGCAGAGAGAGAAAAGCCUGACCAUGCCAGUGCCUGUACCCCACAUACUCUCCUUUGGUUUGACUGCAAGUGAUGUUACAAUUAACUCAUCUGGGCUCCUCCACUCAAUUCAGCUGCAACACUUUCACCAGGUUUACCAGGCUUUUAAAAUCACAGUGAUGUGCCACUGCAAAACCACUAAAGACAGAAUGCUGAACAUCUACAGAAUGAAGGUGCCGUGGUUUCGAGAGGACUCCUUCCACACUGCGGGAUUUCCCUCAGUCACUGAGAUAUCUGCCAUGCUACAUAUGGCCCGCAGUGACAACACCUCAAGUGCCAUCUUACAACUCCACACUGCCCCCAAUUGCCAGUACAAGGUGUCAGUGCGGACCUCCUUUCCCAAAGUGCUUGGACAGAUUCUGCGUUUCUGUGGACCAGUGUUGCCUGUAUACAUGGCUGUUGUGCUGCUCCUGGCCUUAAAGAGGCAACUUUCUGUUGUUCUUCAUACGGGCCGAUCUGUGGCUAUGAGAGAGUCCAUAGCUAAAGGACUUCAGCCCCAUAAACUUGAACUGCCAGUUCUGCUCUUCCACCUUCUGCUUAGACAGGCUUGGUUUCAGGAGGGCUGGUCCACUCUGGGUCUUCCUUCAGUAGACUCCCUGCCCCUGAGCCCAGUGGAGGACCUUCUUCAGCAUGAAGCAGUGCCAGGGCAGGACUGGCCCCACCUGAUUUCUUUGUCGCUGUGUAUCCUGGGGGCAACCGUUGCAUUUUGGGGUUCUACCGUCCUCAGCAUGUCUGUACAUGUGAUGUCUUUCAUCCUGGCCCCACUGCACAGGCCCUCUGUGUCUCGACAUUGUGCCACUUUCAGCCCACCUGCACAGUUUCUCCUUAUCAUCAGUCUGGUAGUGCUUGGUGGAGUCACCUGUGGUGCUUUAUCAAUAACAGCCAGUUAUCUGUUCCACCUGUACCGGGUUUUAAGAUUACAGAUGACUGAGAUGUCUCUGAGUCACAUGCUAAACCUGGUUCCACAGAAAACCCAGCAGAACACAGAGAACGGCUACAGCAGUGCGGAGGCCCAGAAUAAGCCUAAAGAAAGUAAUGGCUCUCCCUUUCUGUCGGAGGCAGCACUGCAUGAUGUCAGAGAUGACCUGCAGCUGCACCUGAGUGUGUCCACACUGCUCACACUACCCUUGAUGCUCAGUGCACCCUCCCUCAUAUACUGGAGCCGCAACCUCAGAUAUUCAGUUCAUCUUGUUCCUGACCCCUGGUGGCCGCACACAGUGCCUCUAAUCAUUGCCUCUGUGCUGCUCAUCAACUGUACCACCCUCACUCUGAGCCACAGUAAGCUGAUGCUGGGACUGACCUUCCACCUCCUGCUCCCUCUGUCAAUCACCAUGAUGACCUUUUCUCCUCUGCACCUCUAUCGGGUCACCCACUUCCUGUCUGCUGCUCUGACCCUGCUGGCCACUUCAUGUUACCUUUGACCCUCUCCCAGGGCCACCAGGUAGUCAUUGCACCUGUAAAUGUAGUCCGGGCUGAGUUUCGACUCUUGGCCUGGAUUAGACCGAAACAGCCUUAGCGUGAGCUACCUUGUGUUCUUAGCAGCUCACAAUGAUUCCACUGUCCUCAACCUCGCGGCCUGACUGACAUGCUGCCACCAGCUUCUGAACAGGGUAAUACAUUCAGAAGUACCUGAGCAUCUCUUAUUUAUUAAUGGGGGGAGGGCAGAUCUCUGAUGUCAGUAAUUUAACUUGUUUCUGAUCUAUUUCUGGUCUGUAGUUUUUUGGUUAAAUGCCUGUAUCAGUACAACACAUUCACCCCACUGGCAGCAGUUCAUUAGUCUAUUUACAGCAAUGAUUCUUCAUUUAGAUAUUCAGAUCUUUGUUUAUGUUCAACUUAACAGAAACAUGCACGACCUGGUGCAGCCCAGUCCAGAUGAGCUUCUGAUGCCUUGUACACACUACGUGGUUUUAGCACGGUUUUAUAUUUGCUGACAAAAACCUCUAAUCAGAGGUAAACUGUGAUCACUCUGCACUUGCUUGUGUAGUGUUAACUGCUGAAAUACCCUCGCCUCGCCCAUCACUGAGCGAGUCACAGACACCUGGCAAAUAUCAAGCAGGUUUAUUAUGUACACCAGUCUGCAACUGUGACUCAAGAGCAGCAACUACCUACAGCCAAUGGGAUCUCAGAGAGAGAGAGCCUUGUGUCCAACCAAUCUUCCGCAUGGCAUUGCUGGUUCACACAUGCAUUUAUAGCUAAUGUUUUCUUGUGGCUUUGGAAAGCAGCGGCACAAGUGUGCGAUUUCCCAUAGUGAAAAAUGGUGCAAUUUGUGUCCCUGUGUUGACUAUUCUCAUUACACGGAACCCAGGCAUGUAGUGUGAAAGGCACAAUGGCAUGUCCUCUCAAAAGUGAGUAGUGUGAACCAGGCAAAAUUAACUGAAUGGUAACCUUUAGCCACCCUGGCUCAAUGCAGACAGAUUUGCCUUUCCUGUAUUGCAGAAUCGGAGCAUAUUCAUACUUUUCUCGCACUGGUCAUGUAAAUAAGAAGUUUUAUUUUGUGUUAAGCACCAUGCUUAAGGUAUUCUGUGGUCGAGGCAGUUUGUGUUUGCUUUAAUUUAUUAUGGUAGAUUAAUAUGUGUUGUGCUGUUUUUUUUUUUUUUUAAUAGCCAGCUUAUGUUGAAAUGCAACACAACUGAUAGCUUUUUGCUAAGCAGUAAUUACCUUGAUUACAGACAGCUUGCCUUUACUGUGUUGUGUUGGUCCUGCGCCCAUCAUGAAAUGUCUGUGGGUUUUAAAGCCAGGUGUAAACACUUGUGCUGUAAAUAAGAUAAUUUCUGUAAUAUCUGAGUAACAUUAUUAAGCUCGAGGCAGCAGGAAGAGUAUUCAGACAUGUUGCAGUCAGUUUGUAUCGAUCUGUUCUGUUAACAAAUAAUAAUUGUUCCAAAGCAGGUCACAGUAACAAUACCUUAAACAUGACGCUUUGGUAAUGUAAUGCAUAGUAAACACACAUGACUGUCAGCGACUGAUCUGACCCAUCUUUUUUUUUGAGAGAGAGAGAGAGAGAGAGAGGUUGCUUUAUUCAUGCUUUUAAACAUAUAUAUAAACAUAAAAAACGUUCAAGUGCACUAAAAGUAAAAAUCUUAUACUCUUUUUACCACUGGUAAAUGAUUUGAGUGUCUGUAGGGCAUCUGUAUGAUGCUGUAAAAUGCAAAUUGCAGCCUUUAGAUACACAGUGUAAAGUCAUGGUCAUCCUAGACUUCUAAUGAUUUAUUCUAAACUGUUUGGGCACACUGAGCACUUUUUUGCAAAAAACAAUUUUGCGUGCAAAACAUUGUCAAGUUUUUUCUCUCAUAAGUCCUUUAGAAUCACAUCAGGAUGCGCAACAGUUUUAAAGACUUUUAAACACUGUAUGUCUUCUGUUCAGUAGCUUCUGAAUCGGACCAGCACUCAAGGGCAGUUUUGCUAGAAAUGCACUGGAAGGAAAUUUUGGCCAAAACAGAACAAAAUUAAACAUUUGACUGGAUACUGAUUCUUAAGAUCCCUGACAAUAAACCAACAAAGCACAAUAUAUUUACCUCAGCAGUGCUACUCUUAUGAAAAUACUGCAGCACAAAUUGAUAAACUGAUAUCACAAUGGAGUGAAUUUUGCUGAGAGAAAAGUUAGACUGAAGCUAAGUUAGCUCAGCUAAUGAUAUUAUCCUGGCCCUGAAUGGCUUAUAUAUUUUAGCUGUAAAACUGAAGUAGCAAACUAAGCGAACUGGUGGCGAAUGUGAUAAAUGAUGGUUUUAUUUAGUUUCAUUCGAGUGUAGAGUUAAAAAUGCUUGUUUGCACUUCAGUAUUUCUGCUGCAUUGUAUACAGCACUGUCUGCCACCACACUGCUUAAAAAACUUCAAACAUUUCAAAACAACUUACCCUAUACCAAAAAAUUUUUUUUAAUAAUUAACAUUUAUUUGGCUGAACAACAAAAGUGCCUUUUUUGGCAUUUUUGGCCAAAUAAUUUUGGUUGGCAGAUAUUUGGUGCAUAUUUUUGCCUCAGUGUUCUGAAUGCCUUUUCUACUAAUUUCUAUGUAGUUCCUAUUAUUGGGGUCAUAUUCUACACACUCCUACAAUGAAGAACCCGCAGGGGCAUUGCCUGAAUUGUGAAUUGUGUUUACUGUGUGCGUAAACAGUUACAUUAAUUUUAACUGUUUGUGCAUGUGUUGUUAUGAGUGUUGGAUAACGAGUGUUUGUGUGUGUUUGUGCAGUGCAGCCUCGCUUUAACUCUUUGUGAGCUGGUGCACACAUCAGUUUGGGUUUUUUGGUAAAGGUUGUAGAGAUUCCUUGUUUUUCAGGGAUGCUUAAUGGUUUUAAAGUUUUUUAUUGGUGUACACUGUGAUGUGCUGUUUUUUAUUAAGGCGAGAGACUGUAUUUACAUUUUUUUUUUUAAUCUGAUUUAGCUGGUUGUGGGUCAGGCAGGUCAGUGUUAGCUGCCUUACAGAACUAGAGGAUCGUGGGUAAAAGGGCUGAGCUACACUGUGUAGCUAUGUGUGUGCCUGCAGGGUUGAAGUUAGUAUUUAAUAUGUUAAUACAGUGUAUCACAGAAGUGAAUACACCCCUCACAUUUCUGCAGAUAUUUAAGUAUAUCUUUUCUUGGGACAACACUGACAAAAUGACACUUUUACACAAUGAAAAGUAAUCUGUGUGCAGCUUAUAUAACAGUGUAAAUGUAUUCUUCCCUCAAAUUAACUCAAAUACAGCCAGUAAUGUCUAAACCACCGGCAACAAAAGUGAGUACACUCCUUAGGGAAAGUUCCGGAAGUGUCAUUAUUUUGUGUGGCCACCGUUAUUUUCCAGAACUGCUUUAACUCUCUUGGGCAUGGAGUUUACCAGAGCUUCACAGGUUACCACUGGAAUGCUUUUCCAUGACGACAUCAUGGAGCUGGCGGAUACUCGAGACCUUCCACUAGAGGAUGCUCCAAAGAUGUUCUAUUGGGUUUAGAUCUGGAGACAUCCUUGGUCAGUCCAUCACCCUUACCCUGAGGCUCUUCAAUAAAGCAGUGGUUGUCUUAGAGGGGUGUUAGGGAUCAUUAUCAUACUGGAACACUGCUCUGUAACCCAGUUUCCAGAGAGAGGGGAUCAUGCUCUGCUUCAUGUGUGCCUCAAUGAAGGUAACUCCCCAACACCUGCUGCACUCAUGCAGCCCCAGACCAUGGCAUUUCCGCCAGCAUGCUUUACUGUAGGCAGAACACACUUAUCUAUGUACUCCUCACCUGUUUGCCGCCACACAUGUUUAAAAUUAAUUUUGCUCUCAUCAGACCAUAAGACGUGGUUGCAGUAAUCCAUGUUCUUUGUUAACAUGUCUUUAGCAAACGGUUUGCGGGCUUUCUUGUGUACUGACUUUAGAAGAGGCUACCAAUUUGAUGUAGUGUGCAGUGUAUGGUCUGAGCACUAACAGGCUGACCCCCCUACCUCUUCAAUCUCAGCAGCAAUACUCUUGUGCCUAUCUUUCAAAGGCAGCAUUUGGACGUAACGCUUAGUACGUGUAUUCAGCUUCUUUGGACGACCAACACGAGGUCAGUUCUGAGUGGACUCUGCUUUUUUAAAAUGCUGGAUGAUCUUGGCCACUGUGCUGCAGCUCAGUUUCAGGCUGUUGGCAAUUUUCUUGCAGCCUUCGUCAUCUUUAUGUAGUGCAACAAUUCGUCUUUUAAGAUCCUCAGGGAGUUCUUUUCAAUGAGGUGCCAUGUUGGAACUUUCAGUGACCAGUAUGAGAGAGUGUGAGAGCUGUACUACAAAAUUGAAAAAUUUAACACACCUGCUCCCGAUGCUCACCUGAGACCUAGUUACGAGAGACAUGACAUUUUGGAUGGAAAAUGACAAGCACUGCUUAAUUUGGACAUUUAGGAGUGUAGUCUCUUAGAGGUGUACUCACUUUUUUUGCCAGUGGUUUAGACGUUUGAAUACAUUUACACUGUUAAAUAAGUGGCACACAGACUAGUGUCAUUUUGUCGUGUUGUCCCAUAAAAAGAUAUACUUAAAUAUCUGCAGAUAUAUAUGACACACAUAUAUAUAUAUAUAAUGUCAUAUGAAAAAUUUGGACACCCCUAUUAAUCUUAAUCAUUUUUAGUUCUAAAUAUUUGGGUGUUUGCAACAGCCAUUUCAGUUUAUUUUCCUUAAUAAAUAAAAUCAUCAUGUAAAAAGUAAUUACAUUUACCCAGGUAAUAUUUGUGUAAUAUUAUAGUUUGUUUGAUAAUCUGAAAAAUGUAAGUAUGACAAAAAUGCAAAAUAAAAAUAAAUCUGUAAGGUGGCAAAUAUAUUUUCACGCACUGUACAUACAUAUAUAUAUAUAUUUGUGUUCAAACUUAUUCAACCCCACUGCAUUCUUUUAACCAGUUUAACAUUUAUUUUUAUAAUAUAUAGUAUAGUAUAAUAGACAAAUGCAACUUAAAUUACAACAAUAUAUUUUUUUUAUAUUCCAACAAAUGUCUUUUGUGAUUUCCUCAUUGACAAAAUUAUUUAACAACUACUUAAUACAACUUCCUUCGGCAGUAAAAAUGUCCUUAAGAUGUAAAACAUAGCUUGACACAAGAUUUUGCAGCGAUCAGCAGGAGAUUCCCUGUGCCUAAAAAAAAAAAAGAGAAACAGCUCCAGAACAUGACUGACCCACCACCAUGCUUCACAUUAGGCAAGGUUUUCUUUUCUGUAUAAGCUUCCACCUUUCGAGUUUCUAAUUCAUUUUAAAUUGCUGCUUGUUACUUUUCUGUUCACACCUACAGGUGCUUUUGAGGUCUGUUUAACAAUACAAUUGAAACUCCUGUUCUUAAAAGUGGUUUAAGGGCUUAAACUAUUUUAUUAAUGAGAAUCGCAAAAAGGAAAAUUGUUGGAAUAUUAGAAAAACUAUUGUUGUAAUUUAAGUUGCAUGUAUCUGUUCUAGUAGUCCUUAUUUGAUCUGAUUGUGAAAAGGAUAAAAAAAAUAAAUGUUGAACUUGCUUAAACACUUUACUGCAGUUGGGGCUAAAGAAGUUUGAGAACAACUGUAUAUAAUAUAUAUGUAUGUAUAGGAAUGGCGUCUCACGCUGUGUUAUUAUGACGAUAUUGCCCACAACAAUGUCACAAUACUGUGAUUCUGUGAUACUUAAUAUAUCAAUACAAGACAAUUCUCUACGAUACAAAAGCAACUUCAAAGCUCUUCAGCAUUACUAAAGAGGAUAAAGUACUUCUAAUUAAACUAAGUAAACACCAGUAUUUCAUUGUUCUAUUAUAUAAGUUACUGUAAACAUUUUAUCCAAAAAAAAAAAUUAUUUAUUUUUAAAAGAGCAUUUAUUUGCAGAAAAUGAGAAUCGGUUCAAAUAAUUUAAAAAGAUGCAGAGCUUUCAGACCUCAAAGAAUGCAAAGAAAAACAGAUCAUAUUAAUUUAGAAACAACAGUAAUAAUGUUUAAGAAAAAAAACAAUAUUUGUUCCUGAUUUUUAAUUACAACAUUCAUAUGUCUCCAUCAGUCUUACACAGUGCAAAAAUUCAUACCGUUCAGCUUUAUUUGAUUGCUUGCGACUAUCCAUCUUUCUCUUUAUCACAUUCUAGAGGUUUUCAAUGGGUUUCAGAUCUGGAGAUUGUGCUGGCCAUGACAAUGUCUUGAUAUAGUGGUUCCACAUCCUCAGAAUUGGGAAACAUUGGCAAGUUUUCUUCCAUGAUCAGCUUAAAUAAGCUUAAAUCAUGUAACCUUAUAGUCUCUUGCAAACUUCAGCCUGGCUCUCCUUUGCUUCUCAUUAAUGAAAGGCUUUUUCUAGCUUUAUAUAACUUGACCCCUGCAUUCAGAAGCUGUUAUUUUUGUGCACAUUACCUCAGCUGCCAUUUGCCGUUCUUUUUGUAGGUCACUUGAUGUCAUCCUGCAGUUGCUGACUGUCAUUUGAAUAAGUUGUCAGUCAAUCUGCUUAUGAGAUGCACUGUUUUUUUCUGUUCUCUUAUUUUCUGCAAAAAAUGCCCCAAAUGACUAUAUUAAUUUGUAAUUUGGAUGAAAUGUCAGUAAUUUGUUGAAUAAAACAAUCUUAAUAUCACACACACACACACACACCUGCAAUUCUGUCAGAUAAUGCUCCAUUUCUCCCAGAAAAUGAUUGCAAUUACAAAUGCUUUUAUAUUAAAAUGUUCAUUUAAUUUGUCUUCAAUGGAAAACUACAAAAAGAAUUGUCAAAAAGCCAAAUUGGAUAUAAUUCCACACCAAACAUAAAAAAGGGGGGUGGACAAAAGUAUUGAAAAUUCAUGUGAUGCUUCUCUAAUUUGUGUAAUUAACAGCACCUGUUACUUACCUGUUGCACAUAACAGGUGGUGGCAAUAACUAAAUCACACUUGCAGCCAGUUAAAAUGGAUUAAAGCUGACUUAACCUCUGUCCUGUGUCCUUGUGUGUACCACAUUGAGCAUGGAGAAAAGAAAGAAGACCAAAAAACUGUCUGAGGACUUAAGAAGCAAAAUUGUGAGGAAGCAUGGGCAAUCUCAAGGCUACAAGUCCAUCUCCAAAGACCUGAAUGUUCCUGUGUCAUUGUGCGGAUGGUGGAUAAAGUACCUCGACUAACAUCCAAACAAGUUCAAUCUGCCCUGCAGUCUGAGGGUACAACAGUGUCUGUCGGCGUCUGAAUGAAAAGAGACUCUAUGGUAGGAUACCCAGGAAGACCCCACUUCUGACCCAGAGACAUAAAAAAGCCAGGCUGGAGUUUGCCCUGAUGUUUUGGGGUUGCUUUGCUGCCUCAGGCACUAAACUGCUUGACCAUAUGCAUGGCCAGUGUUGGGAAGGUUACUUUUAAAAUUUAAUCCCUUACAGAUUACUGAUUACAUCACUCAAAAUGUAAUUUGUAACGUAAUCAGUUACGUUACUUCAAGUGAGUAACGUAAUCUGAUUACUUUGGAGUGGGCUCCUUUUUUAGCCCAGGAGUUUCAUGCCAAAAUCCAGCCCAUUUUUUCCAUGGAGCAGGAAUUUGAAUAAAUAAAACAGCAGCUAGAUCUUACAAUGCCUUUUUAUUGCAUAUACGUACAAGUAUAUGUUGGUUAACAGAACACCCUUUACUUAAAGAUGUUCUAUUCAAAUUUAAAUCAGAUAAAGAUUUAAAAGGUAAAAAAUUAAAAUUUUAUGAAUUAAUAUUACUCAGAAGUAGUGCUGGGCGAUAUAGGAAAAAUCUUUUUUUAUUUUUUUUUUCACCAUAACGAUAUAUAUCAUGAUAUACCACAUUAAUAUAAAUCAAUUAUAAAUACAUUAACAAACACAAAAAUAAGGGUAUUCAAUCUUAUUUCAGUUCGUUUUAGUUUUUCUUUUAUUUACCGUUUUAAUUAGUUUUAGUUAAGGAGACGUUUCGUUAACAAUAAGACUUGGUUACUUAGCUAUAUGGUGAUUAUCAUGCCAUAGCUUUAUAUAAAAUUAAAAUAGUAUUAAACAUCUGACAUCACAGACUAUUUCCUGGAGCCCGACCAGCCGAGGAAAGUGACGUGCUGCGUGACGUUCAGUCUCUCAGCCUGCCAGUCAGACUACAGUGUCAGCAUAUAAAUCAGGUGCGUUUUCGUACAGGACAAACCAUUCAAACAUGCGGAUGAGCUCUCAGCACCCGAUUUAAAAAAUCAGAGAGUGUAUGUCUGGCUUAAAAUAAUUAGAUACAGCUAUUAAAUGAAUAAAUCAACAUUCAUUUAAAAGACCAGGGAGCCGUUAUGUAUGCUAACAAGCUAAUAACAAUAUUUAAUAAAAACAGAAAAAUAGAUAUAAAAUAGGAAAAUAACCAACUAAACUAAGCUCAAAAUGCUAAAAGAAAUAUAAUCUAACGAAUUCUAAAAGAUCAAAACGAAAUAGUGAAUCCUCAAAGCAGUAGCUUAAAGACAGAAUAUAAAACUUUACCAGAUUCAAAAUUAUGAAUCUUAAUUCUAAUAAACAAGGCAUAUUUCGCCCGAAAUGUUUAUUUCCUGAGAGGACAUACAGCUAAAUAGGCUAGAUACUGAAAAGCAGAGAUUCUAGGCUUUAAAAUGGCAUAUUGGGUGUACAUAAUUAUUCAUAAACACAGCAAGAUAUUAACUUUGAAAUAUUUCUUGCCCGUCGGCGGGCCAGGGCGUGUUAAGAGGUUAAUGAUGUUUUUUGGGCUCUACAAAAGAAACUACGCUAAAUCACAUAGCAAAUGUUGCCCAAUAGCUGACAAUUCAAGAUUAUUUCCAAAUCUCUGUUUACCGGCUGCGGCUAACAAGUUUGUUAAUUUUGCACAUUUGGCAGCUUCUUCUUCCAUCUUCUUUCUUUAUUUUAGUCUGGCCUUUUCGGCUCCGCCUGGCCUCUUUUUACCCUCCAUCACAGCUGACUGACGCUUCGUGCUAUUCUGUUGCUGUAUUUAAUUUUAUCACUUCAGAAAAGACCACUCGAACCAACCAACUCAAACAUUUGGGUCAGGCUCCAUUGCGCGGACUAGCACUGUCUGAUAAACAGGUGAGGGUGUCUGACGUGAGUGACGCCUCACCAAUAUUCUGGCCAGGAGGUUGUGAAUCAUAGAAUAUUCUGAUGUCGUGAUUUAUGUGAAUGUGAUUGCGUUUUGUCAGUGUUGGAUUGGAAGACCAAAAAUAGGAAAGUACCGCAAUGUAAUCCAUUUAUUUUAGCAGAGUAACUGUAAUCUGAUUACCACUUACUGAAGCAGUGACUGUAACGGAUUACAGUUACUCAUAAUUUGUAAUCUGAUUACGUAACGCCGUUACAUGUAUUCCGUUACUUCCCAACAGUAUGCAUGGCAUUGUGAAGUCUGAAGACUACCAACAAAUUUUGCAGCAUAAUGUAGGGCCCAGUGUGAGAAAGCAGUGUGAGGUCAUGGGUCUUCCAGCAGGACAAUGACCCAAAACACACUUCAAAAAGCACUAGAAAAUGGUUUGAGAGAAAGCACUGGAGACGUUUUUUUUUCAUUCUCUUUUGUGUUUUUUUUUAAUUGCAAGCAAAAUAAAUGAAGAUAUUAACAGCAAAGCAUUUGUGAUUGCAAUCCUUUUCUGGAAGAAAUUGAGUAUUAUCUGACAGAUUUGCAGGGGUCAGCACUGUAUAUUGGAGAUCAAAAUUAAAACACUUUUUUUCUGCAUUGAUUAACAUUUGUAAGAUUUUUUUUGUCAAUGAUAUACCAUGCCAUCAGUGUUUUACAAAUUAACUAAAGUAUAUCAAUAAAAUGUUUUUUUUUUUUUUUUUUUUUUUUUUUUUAAAUGGUCAUGAUCAUAAUUACAGAACAGUCACCAAUCAGUAGGAAGUGUAAAGGCCUUUGAAUUACUGAAUUAAUUCAGCACAUCUGCGGCCACAAGACAUCACUCUUACAGUGCUCUGGUGUGAUUUUGGUCCACUCUUCUUCCAGUCUCUUCCACAGUUCUGUGGGGGUUGUGGGUUUCUUGGCCAUCAUUUUAUUACCAAGGAUUUUCCAUUGCGUUUUUAGGACUGGCGAUUUCAUUGUUUUAAUGUUUUUAGUUUUAAGGAACUGUUUUACCCACCUUUUCAGAGAGGCAUUUUCCUGCAUGAACAUUGUUGGCUAAUUAAGUGAUGGAUGCAAGAAAGCAACCUUGUGUUGUUAAAGGAGGUUCUGAUGCACACUUGCAUUCACUUUACUUUUUAAAAUAUACUUUAUUAUUGCAUUCACUUUACUAUGUACAGUCAUGUGAAAAAAUUAGAACACUCUAUGAAAGCCUGUAUAUUUCUUAACAUAUUUGGACAUGUGGAUAUUUAAUAUCCAAGUAAUAUAAGUAAACAAUUAAAAAGUAAGGAAAGCCUUUUUACAACUUUCUGUAUGGAAAUUAAUAAGAAUGCAAUUUCUGGUGAGUAAUAAAUUAGGACCCCACUAUAUAUUGACCCACUUAAAAUAGUUAAGAUCACACACAGGUGUAUCACAUCAGGUGCACAUGAUCAGAACAUCGUUACCCAGCAUUUUGAAUGAGGCUUGCCCUAUUUAAACCUCAGAAAUUUAGUUUGGUGUGUCCCUGACAGUUGAAGUAAGAGUGAGCACCAUGGUGAGAUCCAAAGUGCUGACUGAUGCCCUCAGAAAGAAGAUUGUGGCUGCGUAUGAGCCUGGGAAGGAUAUCAAAAGAAGAUCUCAAAAGAGUUUGACGUCAGCCAUUCCAGCAUCGGGAAAAUUGUUUACAAGUGGAGGACAUGCAAAACAACUGUGACCACGCCCAGGUCUGACCUUCCAAGCAAGUUCACCCCAGAGCAGAAUGCAAAAUGCUAAAAGAAGUCACGAAAAUUAAAAAAUUUCAUCACAGGACCUACAGCAGGUUCUUGCUACUGUCAAUGUGAACGUGCAUGACUUAACUAUCAGAAAGAGACUAAACAAGUUUAAUUUUCAUAGGAGGUGUGCAAGGAGGAAACCAUUGUUUUCUAAAAAAAACAUUAAGGCCAGACUGAAGCUUCCCAGAGAGAAUGCAGACAAAGACCAGAACUUCUGGAGUAAUGUUUUUUGGACAGAUGAGCCUAAAUAUUUGGACACCAGAACAGAAUACAUGUUUGGCGUAAACCAAACAGCAUUCCAAAAAAAAGAAACCUAUACCAACUGUGAAGCUUGGAGGUGGAAGUGUUCUGGUUUGGGAAUGCUUUGCUGCAGCAGGACCUGGCAGCUCUCAAUCAUAUAAAUUCUGCUGUGUAUCAGAGGGUGCUGGAGGAACCUGUGAGACCAUCUGUAAAAAAAAUUAAAGCUAAAGCGGAACUGGACCCUGCAACAUGACAAUGACCCAAAACAUACCAGUAAAUCCACCAAGGACUGGCUAAAAACUAAGAAGUGGAGAGUCCUGGAAUGGUCAAAAGUCAAAGUCCAAAAUCUCAGUUCAGUUGAAAUGCUGUGGAGUGAUUUAAAAAAAGCUGUACAUGCAAGAAUUCCCUUAAACAUGUCAAAGCUGAAAUAUUUCUGCAUUGAGGAGUGAGGCAAUUUUUCUUCAGCUCAAUGUCAGAGAUUGGUAAGUGACUACAAGAAGCAUCUCACUGGUGUUAUUUCAGCCAAAGAGGGCAACACUAGUUAUUAGAGGGUGGGGUGUCCUAACUUUUUCUUCCAUUAUAAUAUGCAUUUUUGUUCAUAACUUUUGUUUCAUGAGUAAAACAAUGUUAAUUGCAAUUAAAUAAAUAGAUUGCACAUUAUUAUGUGAACAUUUUUUUAAUGAAGAGCUGACUAUUUCAAUUUUUUCACAUGACUGUUGCUGUAUGAGAGUUUCAGCAAAACAUUUCCCAAAUCAUAACAUUUACUCUAUCUUUCACUGACUUCUUUAUAUACUUUGGGGUUAGCCUUUACCAAGUUUGUUGACGGACAUAAUGGUUUCCAUCAGACCCAAAUAAAUGAAACUUGCUUUCAUCACUAAAAUGAACUCUGGACUCUUCUCCUCUGUCCACACAGCAUGCUGAGAUGAGUCUAGCCUUUUGAUUCCUUCUGCUAAUGAGAGGUUUGGUCACUGCAAAGUGGGCUUUCAGUACAAAUGCUCUUUAACGUCGAGAUACUGUAUGAACAGACCCUUACCCUGUUCAGUGCUGAACUGGCAAGCGAUUUUAUCUGCAGCGUUGAAACGAUUACCCAUGGAGAUUCUCUGUAUUAUCCUGUCCUCUUUUGCAUUUGUCGUUUGUGGGCGACCAGCCUUCUUGGGGGAAAUGAGUGAGUGGUGUUGUAAAACGCAAUGUUCUGGAAAUCACAGACUUGGAAUGACCAACUUAUCUUGCUAUGGCUGAUAGGGUCACCCCUUUGGCCUUCAUCUGGACAACCUGCUGCCAAAGGAUUUAAGUCACCAGUUUUGCAAAGUCGGUAAAAACUAUAAAGUUAGGUCUGACAGUUAAAUAGGGUUUUUCUUAUAACUAAGUAAAUUAGCAUCAGGGGCCAGAUUAACACUAAUAACUUGCAGGUAUAUGAAAGUGUUCUCUAUUUUUUCGGUUAUCACAUUCAAGUUUUUUUAUGUUAUGCUUUAGAAUAUAAACAAUUUUUGAAAUAGCUUAAAAUAUUGCAGUUUUACUCCUGUUACGAUAAUCAUUGACAUCAGAUUAAAUAGAUCUUGACAUUUAGGAAAUUCUGUUUUGUUCACUAAUUUUGAUCUCCAAUGUAUACACUCCACUGGUAAGGCCUAGUUUUAAAGGUCCCCCCUCCCCCAAAAAUUACAGUGUUGUGAAAAAGUGUUUGCCCCCUUCCUGAUUUCCUGAUUUUUUUAUGUUUGUCACAUUUAAAUGUUUUGGAACAUCAAACCAAUUUAAAUAUUAGUCAAAGACAACACAGGUACACACAAAAUGCUAUUUUUAAAUAAAGGUGUUUAUUAUUAGGGCAGAAAAAAUCCAAACCUACAUGGCCCUGUGUGAAAAAGUGAUUGAAGUGUGUGUUUGUGACACCUGAGUACACUAUAUCUAGCCACACCAGGCCUGAUUAUAGCCACACCUGUUCUCAGUCAAGACAUCACUUAAACCUGCCUGACAAAGUGAAGUCCACCAAAAAUCCUUAAAAGCUACGCAUCAAGCCGAGAUCCAAAGAAAUUCAGGAACAAUUGAUAAAGAAGGUAAUUGAGAUCUAUCAAUCUGGAAAGGGUUAUAAAGCCAUUUCCAAAGCUUUGGAAUUGCAGCGAACCACAGUGAGAGCCAUUGUCCACAACAGUGGUGAACCUUCUUCCCAGGAGUGGCCGGCUGCCGAAAAUUCAUCCAAGAGGUCACAAAAGACCCACAACAGCAUCCAAAGAACUGCAGGCCUCCCCUGCCUCAGUUAAGGUUCAUGAAUCCACCAUCAGAAAGAGACUGAGUAAAAAUGGCGUACAUGGCAAAGUUCCUAAAUUAAAACCACUGCUGAGCAAAAAGAACAUUAAAGCUCGUCUUUAAACUUUUCCAGAACACAUCUGAUCCCCAAGACUUUUAGGAAAACAUUCUGUGGACCGAUGAGACAAAAGUUGAACUCUUUGGAAGGUGUGUGUUCUGGCGUAAAAGAAACACUGCAUUCCAGAAAAAGAUCAUUAUACCAACAUGGUGGUGGUAGUGUGUGAUGGUCUGUGUUUUGCUGUCUUUGACUAAUAUUUAAAUUGGUUUGAUGUUCCGAAACAUUUAAAUGUGAAAAACAUGCAAAAAAUCAGGAAAUCAGGCAAACCCUUUUUCACACCACUGUAAAUGUGAUUAAUCCCACUUUUUGUUCAAUUUCACUACAACCAGGCCUGAUUACUGCCAGACCUGUAGAAUCAAGAAAUCACUUAAAUAGAACCUGUCUGACACCAAUUAAACAGCUAAAAGAUCUUAAAACACAUUAUGCCCUGAUCUAAAGACAUUUAAAAACAGUAAUUGUAACUUUGCCUGUCCAUACAGAAUACACAUAAAAAUGAAUCCGUUUUAUUCUGUUAAAGUAAAUAAGAAAGGUAACCUAGAGACUUUCUGCUUUGCAUAUACCCAAAAAACAUGAGAUGCUUUGUGUAAACCUAUACUAUUGUUUAAAAGUUUGGAAUUAGGGAUUUUCACAUCCAGUCCUUUUGUUUUACCACUGUGCUGCUCCUGAGUCACCCAUCCUUUUAAAGUACUGCUAGUACUGAACACUAUUACUGAACACUGUUGGAGGUGAAUGUUUUAAAAAGCUAAAAUAAGCUAAAAUACAAUAUUCCAGAAUGUUUCCUCAUAUAAUACGCUCCUGAAACAAAAGUACAUUUAUCGAAGUAUUAACUGAAAGCAUAGUAACCCAAAUUACUGCAUUAUCAUUAGGGAAACACAGAUGGUUUAGGUACUUGGGUCAGGCUGGGGUCUAAACAUGGGGUGCAGUUUUUGUCAUUAUUGAAUUCUUGUUCUUAUAAAAUGUCUCUUCUUAAAAUGUCCUACUUUAAAUAUUACAACUAAAAAUAUUGUUUAUUAUAGUUAAAUCAGUUUUAAAACAUUUAAGGACAUAAAUGAAUGUAGCGGUGAUUCCAAACAUUUGAAUAAUGGCUUUUUUUUGUACUGACCUGUAAUAAAGGGAUUUUGUGUGUAAACUCUUGUAAUUCAGGCCUUCAUCUUGUGGCGAUUUCUUAGCUAAUUACAGAAAUUCAGGUUGAUUUGUCGGUUAAACCUGCAGUAGGUGGUUAACGGGAGCUUUUACUGUGGCCGCUGUUGAUGCAAUUAAUAAAAGUUUGUUGUAAUUAACGAAAGCUACAUUUCUUAAUACAUUUCUUAAGGAUCAGUGUGUCAGUGUGUAUUUCAAGAAUGCCAUAAAUAAUUGUUCAGAAUGAUUUUAAGAUGUUUUUAACUAUAACUAAGUGUAACUUUAUACAGUUAAAUCAGUUCAAUUAACGCAAACCCAGACAUCUGCUAAUUGUUGAAUUCAGCAGAUGGUGAAGUGACCAAGUGAACAUUUGUUAAUUCUUAGGUUUAAAGUGUCUUGUGGAGUUGUGGUGGACUUUGAUGAUUUUAUUUUACUGGGGUUUCUGUUUUAUUUUUGUAUAGUGUAUUUUACGGAAUAUAAGGUGCACCGUAUUUAAAGACAUUAUAAGGUUCGCAGUAGUGCUAGCUGCGGUUAGCAUCGCUUAGCGCUAGUAAAUGCCACCUGACAGCACUACAACUGAGAAACCCUGAGUGUUCCAGUAACCCAGGGUGCUAUCUGCUCAUUACAACCUGACUGGUAAAAUUCAUACAUAAGGCGCACCGGAUUAAAAGGCUCAUUGUCGAUUAUAGAUGAUCCCAGAUGGAAAUUCUGGGUGUAAAAUUGUCAGUAAAAAAUUACAGUGCGAAAAUUACCAUAUAUAUACAGUGGUGUGAAAGUCUUACGUUUUUUUUUUUUUAAGAUUAUCAAACAAACUUUAAUAUCAAACAAAUAAUACCUAAGUAAAUAUAAAAAUAAGGGGAAAAAUAUCCAAACCAAUCUAAUAUCCAAACAAAUCUGUUUAAAAAAGUGUUUGACUGUGAUUAAUCACACUCAGGAAAGCUGAGUUCAAUUUCACUACUACAACCAGGCCUGAUUACUGCCAGACCUGUAGAAUCAAGCAAUCUCUUACAGAGGUAUGAAAAAGUUUGGUCUUCCCUGAUAAUUUUCAUGAUUUUCUUUUAUAAAUCAUUGGUUGUUUGGAUCUGCAAUUUCAGUUAAAUAUAUCAUAUAGCAGAUGAUAUUUGAGAAGUGAAAUAAACAAAAUUAGGCAGAUACAUACAUUUGGUCACCCUUGUCGUUUUAUUGAUUUGAAUAUCUUUAGCACUAUUUAUUGGAACACAUUGGAAUUUAUUUGGCAAGCUCAUUUACCUUUGAACUACAUAAAUACACAGAUUAAUCCAAUUAUGAGAAAGGGUUAAGGAGCCAAUUGCAAGUUUUUCUUCUCUUUGCAUCUUCUCUGGAGAGUGGCAACAUGGGAGCCUCAAAACACAACUCUCAAAUGACCUGAAAAAAAGAUUUUAGGGAAAUCUUGCUUUCCCUAAAAGGGUUUAGGGAAAGCAUACUAAAAGCUAUUUCAGAGAUUUCAGCUGUUAGUUUUCUCUGUGAGACCACAUACUAGUUCUAGUUAAGGCCUGAAGUAGCAGGUCAAGAAAAAUCAGAGGAAAAGGAUGUUGAAAACAGUCAUAGUUGAACCACAGAGCAGCUGCAAACACCUACAACAUCAUCUUGCUGCAGAUGGAGUCACUGUGAUCGUUCAGCUAUUCAGCACACUUUACACACGGAGAGGCUGUAUGGGAGAGAAAUGUAGAAAAAGCCUUUUCUGUGCACAUGCUACAAACGCUUGAAGUAUGCUAAAGCUAAAGCACAAUUGGAAUAAGGUGCUGUGGACUGAUGAAACUAAAAUAGAGUUAUUUAGAUCGCAGUAUGCAUGCCAGAAAAAGAAUGCUUUAAGAGCAUUUGGGAGUAAUUGGGGUCUGCAGCAGGACAAAGAUCCAAAACACACAAACAAUUCUACCUCUAAAUGGCUUAAAAAACUAAAUGAUGGUUUUGGAGUGGCCUAGUCAAAGUCUGAUUAAGAUGAUGGGACAUGAUCUUAAACAGGCUGUUCAUGCUCGAAAACCCUCUAUAUGUCUGAUUUAAAACAAUUCUGCAAAAAAAAAAAAAAAAAAUGGGCAAAACUUUCCUCCACAGAGAUAUGAAAGAAUCAUUGCCAAUUAUGAGUAAAGCUUGAUUGCACUUGUUGCCGUCAAUGUGCCCAACCAAGUUAUUAGGUUUAGGGGCAAACACUUUUUCACAUGGGGCUUGAUUGGUUAGAAUAUUUAUUUUUUCCUUUAAUAAAUAAAAUUUAAAUGCCUUUUUUCUAUUCACUCAGGUUAUCUUUGUCUGAUAUUAAAGUUUGUUUUAUCAUCUGGAAAAAUAGCAGUAUAACAAAAAAGCAAAAACUAAAGAAAUGUGUAGGGGGAAAUACAUUAUAUAUGUGUUUAUAUUUUAAAAAGUCAUUUUACAUUAUGUGUGUUCAAUUUGUGUGACCCGUUGCAGUACAAAUAAAUAUUCAUUAUAGUA